AUGCAUAACAUCAAAUGGGAAUAAAAAAGUAAAUAAUUCCAUUAUAUACAGUUAGAAGAUAUGAAAUAAGGAUUUAUGAUUAGAAUUCAGCAUCCAGACAAUAAGACAGAAAAAUAAUAUAAAUAUUUUGAUGAAAAAUAGAAAAGUGAUUUAAUAAUGAAUGUCAUGAAUGGAAUCUGUUUCAGUGAAAAAGUUUCGGAUAAAUGCGAUGGAAAUUUUAUUUCUCUUUAUGAUCCAACAGAUGAUAGAUUUCAUUACUACAUCUAAAAAUUAGACGGUAUAAUGUUGGAAGCUUAAAGUACUUAGGGAUAGAAAUAGAUAACCCAAAUGAACCUCUAAAAGGCAAAAUUUGGAUUCCUUAUAUUAAUGAAAAACGACAUGAUUGGGACACACUUGUUGAGAAUAAUAUUAGAAUAUCAAUAACUGACCACUUAUUAUGGAAAUUGGAAUAUUUAAAAAAAUGA